AGAGAGAGAGAGGGGGGGAGAAGGAGAGGGAGAGAAUGGAAUGUCGAGUAAGCGAGAAAUGGAGAGAAAGAGAGAGAAAGAGACAUAGGAGAGAGCGCUAGGUUAUUGGAUGAGCAGCAAUCAUAAAAUUUCCACCCUUCUGUACGAGGGAUAUCGCGCGCGGGUCGAAUUUGACUGCGACACGUAUACGCAGGCGGGCACCAUUACACACCAUGCAUGUAGUAGAUAUGUAAGGGAUCGCCGGGGUUAUAAAAUGUUUUGCAAACUAGAUAUGUUGUCAGCGGUUUACAUAAGGUUGCCACCCACGCGCGUGUCCGUUUGCUGGUCGAAUUUAAGAGAUUCAUGGGUCAAAAUCGCACAGACAAUGAAGCACGGGCGCUCACGUUUCCUAACAACACUCGCCCAAUUUCACUCAAACAGAAGCCGAUUAAUUCACGGCGUCCAAUUUAAUCCGUUCUCCCGACUCGAUCGGUGACGAGGA